AUGCGUUUGGUGUGGUCACAGGUGGUAUUUACCCUGACCAACGCAAUUUCUCUUCCAAUCUACUUACUGAUUAUGAUUAUAUGUAUAAAGGAGUGGAAGCGUAAUCAUGGACAAAGAACUUUCUUCUUACUCAUGAUUUCUCAGGGUAUCGUGGAUAUUGUUGUGAUGGCAAACUAUUUUAUUUUCAAUACACUACGAGUGUCACUGAUACUCGACAACUCUAUCUGGUAUUAUCAGAAAUUCUAUGUUGCGGAGUGGUGUUUUAAUCAAACUUAUAUAUCAGUAUUUAUUCGGAUGUUUCGGUGUCCUACUUAUCUCAUUCCAACGGUACAUUUCUCUGUGCAAAAGCAGCUGGUACAUUGA